GCAGCCAUGGCCGAGGAGCAGCGGGACCUGCUCUCCACCUCGGACCGCGGCAGCGCCGUGCUGCGCGGCCCGGAGCCCUCGAGAUCCCUGUUUGGGCGCAGAGCCGCCCUCUCAGCGCUCUCCAUCCUGGUGGCCCUGCUCAUCGUGGGCCAGGCCGUGACCGUCUACUUCGUGUACCAGCAGGGCGGGCAGAUCGACAAGCUGACCAAGACCUCGCAGACUCUGCAGCUGCAGGCGCUGCAGAACAAGAUGCCCUCGAAUGCUAAGCCCGUGAGCAAGAUGCGGAUGGCCAUGGUGAACAUGCCCUUGGCCAUGAGGAGCCUGCCACUUUCGCCCCCUUCAGACAGGAUGCCUAUGGAUAUCAUGGGGCCCGUGAGCAACAAGACGGAGGAUCAGGUCAAGCACCUGCUGCUGCAAGCAGACCCGCAGAAGAUGUUCCCAGAGCUGAAGGACAACCUAUUGGACAACCUGAAGCAUCUGAAGAAGUCCAUGACUGACGUGGAUUGGAAGUCCUUCGAAUCCUGGAUGCACAAGUGGCUGCUGUUUGAACUGGCCAAGAAACCCCAGAAGAACGAGAGGAAGGUGAUCCCGGCGCAGAAAGUGCAAACUAAGUGCCAGGUGGAGGCCAAUUUUGGUGGUGUCCAUCCGGGCCACUUCCGCCCCCAGUGCGAUGAGAAUGGAGACUACCUUCCCAAGCAGUGCCAAGCCAGCACGGGCUUCUGCUGGUGCUCCUACAAAAACGGCACCAAGAUUGAGGGCACUGAGACUCGGGAAAAGCUGGAUUGCCCUGCGGUGCCCAGAGCUGUGGAGCCAGAGGAGAUGAUCUUCUCCGGGGUGGACGUCCUCAAGCUGGACGGAGAGAAAGGAGCCAAGUAGAAGAGGAUGCCUCCAGAUGCCUUGUUCCAUCUUCAGCAUCCCCCCCUCUUGUUUUUGCUCUCUUUCAUAAGUGCUUUCAUAUUGCUCUUUCGAAGGCUAUUAAUAGAAGGCAAUCCUGAGCACUUCUGCCCAGGCGUUAAUUCUCCUCCCCUACUGCAGGGCACGAAAGUGGGUUGAUCGUAUGCUGCCUGCAGGCUGCCUCCUGCCUUGUGCUAGCACAACAGGAGGAGCCUUCCCUUUGCUAGAGACAAAAUGUUCCCUUACAGGCAUGGCUGGGAGAGCACGCUGGAAAAUUCUUUCAUACUUCAACCACAUCAGACCCAUAGUUCUUUCCCCUUUUGCUAAUCAGACACGAGCUGCUGGGUAUGAGCUUUUGUGCGACAGCAGCAUCAUUCAAGGGGAGCUUCCCGGGAAGAUGCGGUCGCUGAGACCGGUCCCAGGUAGCACUUUGCAGCACCCUGGCCCCAGGCAAAGAGCAGCAGGACCCAGGGCAAGCAUAGGGAUCAACCAUGCUGAAGAAUGAGCCACUAAUUAAUGCUUUCUUGUACUGAACGAUCAUUAAAAGACGGCAGCAAAAUGGAGUCCACAUGCUUCUUAACCGAACCCUAUAGGUUGGAGCCACAUUUGACAAUCAGAUAUGUUAGACUGCUGAUGCAUCUUUCUUUUUUCUUUUUUUGAUAAAUUGCUGGGUUUGGUAGGGAUAGAUGCUCACCUGCAGC